UCACUUCCUCACUAGAGUUUCUUGAACUAAAGAAACCUUCUUUUUCAUGAUCAUGAUCAUGGGGUUGUUUCCUAGAGUUAUUAUGGUCUUGUUUGUUGUUAUGGUUUUGAGUUUGAAGGUUCAGGUGAAUUUAGCAGCAGCAGCAGCAGAAGAAGAAGAAGGAUAUUUCAAUGGGAAUGUUGUUGAUGAUGAUGAUGAUAAUGUGAAGAGCUACAUUAGUUGGGAGGAUUUGGAAGUGGGUGAGGAGAGUUUGGAAUUGAGAUCAAAGAAAGAGGUUAGAGUUAUUGUGGUUGAUCAACAUGGUAAGGGACAUUCAAAAACUGUUCAAGGUGCUGUGAAUAUGGUUCCAGAUCACAACAAAGAAAGGGUCAAAAUUUACAUUUAUCCAGGAACUUAUAGGGAAAAAGUGCUUGUGCCAAAGAGCAAACCUUAUAUUUCAUUUAUAGGUAAAAGAAAUGAAACAUCAAGUGCUGUGAUUACUUGGAACAGCAAAUCAUCUGAUCAAGGCCCUAAUGGCCAAACAUUGGGAACCUAUGGUUCAGCAACUGUUGGAAUUGACUCUGAUUUUUUCUGUGCCUCUCAGGUCACUUUUGAGAAUUCAGUGGUUGCAAUGCCUGGUGGAAAUGGAAUGCAAGCAGUGGCACUAAGGGUAAACAGUAAUAGAGCCAUGUUCUAUAAAGUUAAGAUCAAAGGAACACAGGACACUCUCUUAGACAACACAGGAACACAUUACUUCUAUAAAUGUUACAUCCAAGGAAAGAUUGAUUUCAUCUUUGGCAGUGCUAAAUCACUCUAUGAGAAAUGUAGGCUUGAAUCAAUAGCAGAGAGCUUUGGAGCAAUUGCAGCACAUCAUAGGGAUUCAGAAAAUCAAGACACAGGAUUUUCAUUUGUAGGAUGCAAGAUUAGAGGGAGUGGGAGUGUGUACCUUGGAAGAGCAUGGGGUAACUACUCAAGAAUUAUAUACUCCAAUUGUUACAUGGAUGAUAUCAUCAAUCCUCAAGGCUGGUCAGAAUGGAACCAUCCAGAAAGAAAAAGGACUGCAGUGUUUGGUGAAUAUAAGAAUAUGGGAAGAGGAGCAGAUAGAAGACAGAGAGUGCCAUGGUCAAAAUCAUUCAACUAUCAGCAAGCAAGGCCUUUCCUUGACAAGAGCUUCAUCAAUGGAGAUCAGUGGCUCAGACUCUAG